UGUGAAAACGCAAGCCACUUUUGGGGGAGAGCUCCACAGAGGAGGGCGGGGGGCGGCAGAAGAGCAGGAAGUACCCGGGGCCCAGACCGCGUUCUCGGGAGGGGGGAGAAAAGGCGCACCAAGACGUCAUCCGGGGCCUGGCGGGACGCGCGGGGCGGGGCGCACCGCGGGGCGGGCUCUCUCUCCGUCCGCCAGGCGGAGGCGACGCCCGGCUGGGUCCCUGUCGUGGAAGCUGGCCCGUCCGCUAUGGCCGCGGGGAGCGCCGCGGGGUGGGCCGUGGGGGCCCUCGGAGUGGUCUGCCUGUUGCUCCGGUUGGAUUUCAUUAGCUGUGAUUCCCAAGUAAUAUAUGGAGCUGUGAACAAGAGUGUAACUUUAUACACAUCAAGUUUUAAACCCUUUAAGGAGAUUGUGUGGAAAAGAGGAAAGGAUAAAGUUGUAGAAUGGGAUGACCAAUCUGAAGUCAGAGCUUUUCUAUCUUUUAAAGAUAGAGUUGACUUAGACACUGUGUCGGGUAACCUCACAAUCAACAAGUUAACACCAUCGGACGAAGAUGAGUACGGAAUUGAAUCCCCAAGUGUUAGAAAUAACACCAAGUUCACCCUCAGAGUGAUCGAGUCUCUUCCAUCACCAACACUAUCUUGCACAUUGACUGAUGGGAACAUUACACUCCAGUGCAUGAUCCUGGAAGAUUACAACACCCAUCUAGAACUCAUACAGUACUCCUGGGACUGUCCUUCAACAGUACAGUGUCAGAGUGGCUCAAAACCAUCUGAAGCGUAUGUUACAGCGGAAGGUGAUCUUUCACAGGAAAUUCAGUGUAUCAUUAGCAAUCCAUUAUUCAGAAGGACAACAUCAAUCAUUUUGUCAACCUGUGUCCCAAGUGACAAGACAAGGCACAGGUUUGUGCUUUUCGCCAUACUGCCAGCACUAAUAGGUGGUUUGCUGUUUUUAAAAUGUUUUCUGGGACGCCCAUAGCA